AUGGAGCAAAAAACUUUUUUUCGCUUGAUUUUUCUCGUAGUCACCGCCGGUUUCAUCAUCUCUUUCACUUCCACUAACUUCCCUCACGCGCCGUCGUCCACAACGGGGUUUUUGGACUGCACCGACUCUUCCUCUUCACCUCUUUGUGCAUCAAGAAACUUCCUUUUCAAAAAACAAAAACGGCCCAUUUCCAAAAACGAUCCCAAACCAAAACCCAAAAACCAUGACCACUUUUCAGAUACACCAAACCACCCUCUGGACCCACUCACGGUGGUCGAAAUCAACAAAGUCCGGUCAAUCCUCUUCUCUCACGCGCUCUUCUCAUCACGUGCACCACACGUGCUUCACUCCGUCGUCCUUGAAGAGCCUGAGAAGAAUCUCGUUAGACACUGGGAAAAAGGAAACCCACUUCCUCCGAGGAAAGCUUCCGUCAUCGCACGUGUCGGUCCCGACACGCACGUACUGACCGUUGACAUUUCUUCUGGUCGGGUCGAUAUAGAGGAUAAUCCGGUUCGUGCUUCUGGUUACCCGACGAUGACUCUAGAAGAGAUGAACGCAGUCACGUUGGCACCGUUGUUAAACGCGGAUGUCAACCGUACGAUUGUUUCUCGUGGAGUUAAUCUGACGGAUGUGAAUUGCUUCCCGUUAUCAAGUGGCUGGUACGGUAAAAAAGAGGAAAAUAAAAGGGUUAUUAAAAGUCAGUGUUACUCAAAUCAAGGUACUGCUAAUUUCUACAUGCGACCCAUCGAAGGUCUAACUAUUCUUAUAGAUCUAGAUACGAAGCAAGUGAUCGAGAUUGUUGAUACGGGUCGGAACAUACCCAUACCCGGUUCAACCAAUACCGAAUACCGCUUUGAAAACCUUGUGACCACCGACAAAACCCGACCACUCAACCCGAUAUCGAUCGAGCAGCCACGUGGUCCAAGCUUCGUAAUCGAAGAUAACCAUUUAGUGAAAUGGGCAAAUUGGGAAUUUCAUCUGAAACCAGACCCGAGAGCAGGUGUGGUUUUAUCACAGGUCAGAGUACACGAUCCGGAUACACAAGAGACACGUGACGUAAUGUACCAGGGGUUCGUGUCGGAGCUUUUUGUUCCAUACAUGGAUCCUUCAGACGCGUGGUACUUCAAGACUUACAUGGACGCAGGUGAAUACGGGUUCGGUUUACAAGCCAUGCCGCUCGUACCGCUUAAUGAUUGUCCACGAAACGCUGCGUAUAUGGACGGUGUAUUCGCGACGGCGGAUGGAACGCCGUACGUGAGAGAGAAUAUGGUUUGUAUCUUCGAGAGCUACGCCGGAGAUAUUGGGUGGCGUCACUCGGAAAGCCCCAUUAGCGGUUUACCGAUAAGGGAAGUGAGACCGAAAGUGACGUUAGUGGUAAGAAUGGUAGCUUCGGUAGGUAAUUAUGAUUACAUCAUUGAUUAUGAGUUCCAGACUGAUGGGCUUAUAAAAACCAAGGUUGGACUUAGUGGAAUCCUGAUGGUGAAAGGGACAACAUAUGAAAACAAGAACCAAGUGAAGAAAGAUAACGAAGGUAAUGAAGAAGAGCUUCACGGCACGCUUCUGUCUGAAAACAUAAUCGGAGUAAUCCACGAUCACUACGUAACUUUCUACCUUGACCUCGACGUCGAUGGACCGGACAAUUCCUUUGUUAAAGUGAACCUCAAGAGACAGGAGACUGAGCCAGGCGAGUCACCGAGGAAGAGUUACAUGAAAGCGGUUAGGAAUGUUGCGAAAACCGAAAAGGAUGGUCAGAUUAAACUUAGUUUAUACGACCCAUCAGAAUUCCACGUCAUCAAUUCUGCUAAAACCACCCAUGUGGGUAACCCGACGGGUUACAAGAUCGUGCCUAGAGCCACGGCGGCUAGUUUGCUUGACCAUGAUGAUCCGCCGCAGAAGAGAGGAGCUUUUACCAAUAAUCAAAUUUGGGUCACUCCAUACAAUAAGUCCGAGCUAUGGGCUGCUGGUUUGUUCACUUACCAAAGCCAUGGUGACGAUACUCUUCAAGUUUGGUCCGACAGGGAUAGAGAUAUUGAGAACACCGAUAUAGUUGUGUGGUACACACUUGGCUUCCAUCACGUUCCAUGUCAAGAAGAUUUUCCAAUAAUGCCCACAGUUUCAUCGAGUUUCGAUUUGAAACCCACAAAUUUCUUCGAGCGCAAUCCAAUUCUUAAAGCCGCUCCGAACUUCGAACAUGACCUUCCGAUGUGUGGAGCUGAAUCUGUUUCUGCUUGA